AUGAACACACUCAUAUUUCUUGUAAUAGUCCUUAGCGCACUUACCAUAACGGUAAAGACGAGUUUGGAAUUUCGUAAUGCCAUUUGCAUUAACACCAAUCGGUCGUACCUUUACUUCGAUACUUGCAUUCUAAAAGCAGUUAAUCGCUCGUACAAGUACUUCACGAUGCGUGCGAAAUUUCCCCAAAAGAAACCAGUUUAUAAUAUUUCGAUGUCGUUCGCCUUGCUGCGUAAAGCAAAUGGAUACAAACCGUUUCUGUACAACUUCACCAUUGACGCCUGCAAAUAUUUGAAGAAGCGUGCCAAUCCGGUUGUACGGUAUUUUCACAGCUGGUUCGAGAAGUACUCCACCAUAAAUAGGACUUGCCCAUAUGGUCCACAAGACGAGGUUGUUGAAAAGCUGCCCAUCAGCUAUGUCAACCAUAUGGCAACGCAGGUGCUGCCAUUACCUACCGGAGAGUAUACUUUUCACACCGACUGGUAUUUCUAUGGCAUUAAAGUGGGUAUCGUGAAGGUCUUUUUUCAAAUUUCCUAG